AUGGAAGAAAUAAGCCGAGAAGAAAACAGUAAACAAGAAAUAUUUAUUACGGAACUGGAUGAAGAUGUGGAUGAUGAAAGCAGGCUGAUAAUCUCUGAUGAUAAACAUACCGAUUCACCAUUCUCAUCAGCAGAUGAGGAUGCUUUGGAUAAUUCUCCGCCAGACUCACAGAACGUUAUAAAGAAUGAUGACGAGAAAAAUAUUUAUGGUGCACAAUCACCGCAAAGGGAAAAUACAUCCAAAAAUAUAACGGAUAUGACGUUUUCUUGGCAGGAAUAUCUGAAGGAAACUGAAGCUAUUGCAGCACCGGAGGAUUGCUUUUACCAGGAUCCUAUACCACCUAAAAAUAAUUUCACUGUUGGCGAAAAAGUAGAAGUACCAGAUCCAAGAGGUAAGGAGGUACAAUGCUUAGCGACAAUUGUCGCGGUUCAUUCGCUUUGGGUAUGUCUUCGACUUGAUGGAGAAGAUGGAAGUAAUGAUCAUUGGCUUAUAUGCGAUGACGAACGAAUCAAACCAGUCGGAGACUGCGUAAGAAAUGGGUUAAUUCUGCAACCUCCAUUUGGUUUCAUGUAUAAUUUAGCUUCAUUUCAUAAAUUCAUCGAAAAUCAGUUAAAACCUGAUGCAGAUGGCAGCAGUCCAAUAGCAUCUCCAGAAUCUUUUAAACCGAUUCCAUUCAAAUAUCAUCCAAGGAAGAAUACAUUUCAAGUAGGCAUGAAAUGUGAAGCGAUUGAUCGUAAAAAUUUUAACGGUCGGCCGUGUCCGGCAACUGUGAUUGAUGUAAAAGGCGAUUAUUUAACAAUCAGUUAUGAUGGCUGGAAUAAAGCUUAUGACUGUAAGGAACGUUAUGAUAGCCGCUUUAUUUUUCCAGUUGGGUGGGCUGCUAAAUCUGGACUUGAAGUGCAACCACCAAAUUAUGUAAAAGGAAAAGUUUUGCAACGGAUAGUGCAAAAAGAUACGGUACCGAAAGCUCCGAAGGUCACUGCUUCGCGGAAAUCAAAAAUACUCAAAAGGAAAUCAACCAACACCAACAAAACGCAAAAUCGGAAGCGAAAACGAAUUUCUUCAGCUCGCAGUCUUCCUCAUAACUCUUCGGAUGGUUCUUGCUCAUCUCAUUUACUUGAUAUAAUUGAUCAGAUUGCUAAACAAGCACAUACAAUUGAGGCAAGUUCUGCAAGUAGUGUAUCGAGCCAACAGGCAGUGACCAGUGCAGCGGAUGCAGUUGCGAUUCUAGACAAUCGUAUCGAACCUCGUGCACGAAAAACGCUACCAUCACCAGUCAUACCUGAAAACCCAGUUAUCAAACAAUCUAGAAAAACAGUUUCUUCUCCAGAUGGUAUACAAAACAUACUUGCUGCUCCAGAUGUUGUGCUCUCAACGACUGAUGUGCAGCCAGAAGUCCAAAAAAUGAUUGUUUACUUAAAUCGAGGUUGUCGAUGUACACCCAUUCUAAACGCUUCACUCGUCCGUAAAUUGCCGGAGAAAUUUGGGCCUGGCACUGUGCAUCAUAUUUUAAGGGAAACAAUUCAACAAAUUGUAAAUUGUGCUGUUGAUCCUUCGUUUGUAUUUAAAAAAAUCGAUCCUGGAACUAUAAGGAUUUUAUCUAUUACUGCUGAAAUCCAUAACGUGACCCACGUACGCGCUAUACCAACAGUGAAGACUCUUGCCUCUGCAUGGGAUUAUUUGCAUACUUUUAUUUCAAAAUUAAACGUAUGCCGCAAUUUUUUGACUGAGGAGCCGAUCUGCUGCUCAUUAUGCUCUUGUCAAAGUGAUGAUGUAGUUGUUAGUACCACCGCAGGUGGUGGAGUGCUGAAAUACGGUACUGAAAGUGAUGAUUCUGAAGACUACGAAGGUCACCAGUACUCGGAUUUAACAGAAUGGUCUAUGCAGCGUGUUGCAAAUGAAGUUGAAAAUAUGUUCGAUGCAAAUAUUGCCGAGAAAUUUUUGCAAAAUCAAAUUGAUGGCAAAGCUUUAAUCCUGCUAACAACUGAGCUGCUAAUACGUCAUCUGGAAAUGCCAUUUGGUCCGGCUUUGAAAAUGGUAUCAUAUAUUGAAUCACUAAAGCGUAAAGCAUGCCGAACAACUAAUCACAGUACAAAAUAA